GUACUGGCUGAAGCCCAACCUAGCAGCGAGCGGACAUCCCGCGCGCAAAUCGAUUUAGCGUGCUUGUUACUCGUCCUUAACCCAAACACUAUAAAGUAGUAUUGCGAUCCUUCAUAGACUGGAAGCGCACCAGCUACCAAUGAGCGCGGCGCCUGGGUGUCGCUGAGCUGCUCACGAGGCGGCACACCUCAACAACGCGCCUUGCCGCCAUGGCGCCGCGCGACACGGCAGCCCGCCCUUCAUGCCGCCGCGCUCCCCCCAGUUAUGGAGGUUGGCAGCUGCAGCUCAUGCUGCUGCCGGUCCGCCCCUCAUUGGCGCUACCGCAGUGGCGCAUGGGUCGCGCCGCGCUCCUUGCCGCCGGCGCGGUCAACCGACGCGGUGAUGGCAAGGGCGGUGCGGCCGGCUCGCCGGGCCAGCCUCCCGGCAGUGGCGGGGAGCCGAUCAUCCUGACGGCGGCCGACCCCGCGGCCGCCAAAAAGAAGCCCGCCGGGCCGCUGAAGCGCUCGUCCUACCGCCGCCGCAAGAAGUCGGAUGAGGAGCGGCGACAGCAGGCCGCAGCAGAGAAGGCUGAGUUGGACGCGCUACGCAAGUCGGGGCGGAACAGGUACUUGUCUGGCGGCCUCCGCCAGCAGCCGCCGGUGGUGCUGGUGGACGGCUACAACACCAUCCUGGCCACAGCCGAGCUGAAGGCGCUGGUGGGCGGCGUGGCGGCGGGUGGCGGCGGCGGCGGCGGCGGUGGCGGCAUGGAGGCCGCACGUGACGCGCUCAACCGCAUGUGUGCCGAGUACGGCGCCGCCACUGGAUUCACGGUGUAUGUGGUGUACGACGCCAUGGGCUCCAGCCAUGCCCGGGAUAACCGCUACAUCGAGCUGGGCGACCGCGCGCGGGCGGUGUUCUCCGCCCGCAGCGAGGCAGACACCUACAUCGGCCGGGCGGCGGCGGAGUGGAAGAGGCUGGGCGCCAGCGACGUGAUGGUGGUGUCCAACGACCGGCACGUGCAGGAGCUGGCCUCGGAUCCGGAUUUCGUCAUCUACCCCGUGGACAUGGCCACCUGGAUCCAGCGCGUGCGCGAGGUCAGUGAGCGCAGCCGCCAGGCGGCGCGUGACGGCGGCGGCGGCGGCGGCGGCGGCUUGUCGGGCUUGGGAGCGGCGUUCGGGCGCGGCGGCAAGGCGGCGCCAGCCGCUGCGGACAUGGAGGAGCUGCAGCUGCGGCAGCAGCGGCUGCAGCGGCAGCAGCGGCGGGCGGCGGCAGGCGGCGGCGCGGCAGCUCGGCUGCUGGACAGUGCCAGCCUAGAGGCUGAGCUGGCGAGGCUGGCUGAGGAGGCGAGCAGCAGCGAUGAAGGGGAAGAGGAGGGGGACGGGCAGGGGCUGUUGGCAGUAGCAGGGCACGGCGGCGCGCAGGCCGCGGGGCUGGCAAGGCUGGCGGCCGGUGCACGGCAUGCGGGCGGCGGGGCGUGGUGGGGCGGCGACGAGAGCGAGGGCGAGGAGGGCGAGGGGGCGGGUGGCGGCACGCAUGGCGGCGGCGGCAUGGUCACGUCAUUGGAGGCGGGCGGGCGGGGCGUGAGGGGCCGCUUUGAGGCAGCGAUGGCGGCGGCGGCGGCGGAUUCGGAUGUGGGCGCGCCACGCCCACAGCUGUCAGCGCCCGCCAACGCAUGGUCAAAGGCGGGUCAGGCGCCUGCUGCCUCGGCGCGGGCACACUCAGCGGCGGCGGCGGGUGAGCCGUCCAGACUGCCCGGCCCGGCACAGGCACUGGCACCGGCACCGGCACCAGAUUCAGCGUUAGCAGCAGUAAGGGCAGCAGCCACGGCGGCCGCUGCGGCAGGAGCUCGGACGCCGCCACCAGUAGCGCCCGCCCUGUCCGCGGCCACAACCGCGGCCAGCACCGGUACCGCCGCUGCUGCUGCUCCCGCAGCCAGCCCUGCUGCCGCCGCUCCUGCUGCCGCCGCCCCCGCUGCGUCCGCCAAGCUGGGGGCGCUUCUGGGCAAGGGUGGCAAGGCCAAGCUAGCGGGGCUCUUAAGACAGGCGUCCAGCUCCGCAGGGACAGACGGCGGGUAGAUUUCGUUGGUUAUGAGAAGGGCAUGCAGGCCUGCUGGAGUAGCGCGCGGGUGACUACUAGCGAGCGCAUGGCGAUGUCAGGAGGCAGAAGGGGAGCUGGGGAGGGAAAGGGCCAAACAUCUGGUCACCAGGUGCAUGUGCGUGUGUGGCUGUGUUGAAGCCGGCGCUGCAUCGGCUGGCUCGUUGGCUCCUCACACUGGGUAGGCAGGUUGGGGUAGGCCGGCGUCUUGGGGGGAGGUGCAGGCGGGCGGUGGUGCAAAGCGGGUGGCUCGGGCCUUCUC